CAUCAUGCUUGAACGUACUGAUUCGUUGAUUCUGACCCAGAAUUGUUAUCGGCUUCAGUAACGUUAUCUACCAGAAUUUUUUUAAGAAUCAUAAAUUUGAGAGAGUCAACAGAAUGAUAUUUUCCAGAUUGGGCCGUUCCUUGACACGAUCCUCUCGCUCCAGAAAUUUGUUGAAUGGUGGUGGUGGUGGAGGGAGGUCGGCGAUCCAGAAAGAAGGCCUUCUGCAAGCGCCACGUGUGAAUGAAUAUCUGGGUCGUGCGUACGGGGGAUCAGGGUUUUUUAGGAGGUAUUCGGCCACAAUUGGAGCUCACAGGGACUUCGCUUCGAAGCUGUAUUGGCUCGAUUUCAAGCACGUUCCUGCAAACCCUAGAUUUCGUCGGUUGUUCUCGAGUGAAGCCCCAAAGAAAAAGAAUUAUGAGAACUUUUAUCCGAAGGAAAAGAAGAAAAUUCCAAAGGGGAACGACCAAAAAUCGGAGUCAAAAGAUGGCUCAAACACGGAUGAUCACGGGAGUUUUCAAGAAGCUUUCAUGAAGCAAUUUCAGAAUUUAACCACCCCUUUACUCGUAAUUGGCCUAGUUCUUUCGUCCUUUUCAUUUGGUUCUCGUGAAGAGCAACAGAUUAGUUUUCAAGAGUUCAAAAACAAGCUUCUAGAACCAGGUUUGGUGGACCACAUAGUUGUUUCUAAUAAAUCAGUUGCGAAAGUUUAUGUAAGGAGUUCACCACGCAAUCAAACAAGCGAUGAUGUUGUGCAGGGACCCCUUAAUGGUACCCCGGCAAAAGGAAAGGGGGGCCAGUAUAAGUACUAUUUCAACAUUGGAAGUGUUGAAUCUUUUGAGGAAAAGCUAGAGGAAGCCCAGGAAGCAUUGGGGAUAGAUCCGCAUGAUCAUCUUCCUGUGAUGUACAUGUCUGAAAUGGUUUGGUACCAGGAAUUGAUGAGAUUUGCACCAACUAUCUUGCUUCUGGGAUCCCUUUUGUUCAUGGGGCGCCGAAUGCAGGGUGGUCUGGGUGUUGGUGGUAAUGGUGGAAAGGGUGCCCGUGGGAUAUUCAACAUAGGAAAAGCCCAUGUUACAAAAGUAGAUAAAAAUGCAAAGAAUAAGGUCUAUUUCAAAGAUGUUGCUGGCUGUGAUGAGGCAAAGCAGGAAAUUAUGGAAUUUGUGCACUUCCUGAAGCAUCCGAAGAAGUAUGAGGACUUGGGAGCAAGGAUUCCUAAAGGGGCUCUCUUGGUAGGGCCUCCAGGCACAGGAAAGACCCUUCUAGCAAAAGCAACUGCAGGGGAAUCUGGUGUUCCUUUUCUCUCCAUAUCUGGUUCAGAUUUCAUGGAGAUGUUUGUUGGAGUUGGACCGUCCAGGGUGAGAAACUUGUUUCAAGAAGCUAGGCAGUGUGCUCCCAGUAUAGUUUUUAUUGAUGAGAUUGAUGCAAUUGGUCGAGCAAGGGGGCGUGGGGGUUUUGCAGGUGGCAAUGAUGAGCGUGAAAGUACGCUAAAUCAGUUGCUGGUAGAAAUGGAUGGCUUUGGAACCACUUCUGGAGUUGUUGUGCUUGCUGGAACCAAUAGACCUGAUAUUUUAGACAAAGCUCUUUUGAGGCCUGGCCGAUUUGAUCGCCAAAUUACCAUUGAUAAACCUGAUAUUAAAGGCCGUGACCAGAUAUUUCGGAUCUACUUGAAAAAAAUAAAACUUGAUCACGAGCCGUCAUAUUACUCUCAGAGGCUGGCAGCCCUCACACCCGGGUUUGCGGGUGCAGACAUUGCAAAUGUGUGUAAUGAAGCUGCUCUAAUUGCUGCAAGGAAUGAGGGAACACAGGUCACAAUGGAACAUUUUGACGCAGCUAUAGAUAGGAUCAUUGGUGGUUUGGAGAAGAAGAACAAGGUGAUAAGCAAGCUGGAACGCCGCACUGUUGCCUACCAUGAAUCGGGUCAUGCUGUUGCCGGCUGGUUUUUAGAAUAUGCAGAACCAUUGUUGAAAGUGACAAUUGUGCCUCGUGGUACAGCAGCUCUUGGAUUCGCCCAAUACGUUCCUAAUGAAAACCUUCUCAUGACUAAGGAGCAGCUUUUUGAUAUGACAUGCAUGACUCUUGGUGGUCGGGCAGCUGAACAGGUGCUCUUGGGAAAAAUCUCAACAGGUGCCCAAAAUGAUUUGGAGAAGGUGACAAAGAUGACCUACGCUCAAGUAGCCGUCUAUGGCUUUAGUGAGAAGGUGGGUCUCCUCUCUUUCCCUCAAAGGGAUGACACAUUUGAGAUGACCAAACCCUACAGCAGCAAGACUGCGGCUAUUAUUGACAUUGAAGUGCGAGAAUGGGUGGGCAAGGCAUAUGAGCACACAGUCCAGCUUUUAGAGGAACACAAAGAGCAAGUGGCUCAAAUUGCCGAGCUGUUGCUUGAAAAGGAAGUUCUUCACCAAGAUGAUCUAGCUCGAGUUUUAGGUGAGCGACCGUUCAAAUCGAGCGAGAUCACGAAUUACGAUAGAUUUAAGCAAGGGUUUGAAGAGGAAGAUCAUAAGACUGCGGACAUGCCUGUUAAUGGGUCUGAGGAGGAUGGUUCUGCACCCCUAGAACCUCAAGUAGUCCCCGCUUGAGUACUGAGGACGUUGUCUGUAAUUGUACAUGGAAUAAAUUGUUUUUCAUUUUUUCUUUUUUUGGACAAAAACUAUACAUCCAGUAUGUUAUUAUUAUAGUCAUUUUUGCUUCAAAAGAUCAUUUUGGAAUACACA